AAGCCCGGACUCCAUUAGGCAGCAGCUGGGGGAAGAAUCAACACACCAGGGAGCGGAGCGGCGCGCACCGAGCUCAGAGGCGGCUGCUGCCCGCGCCGCCGCCGGGGCUCAGCCGCGGGGCCCGCGCCCCGUCGCCCCCCGCGCGCCCCGGGCGCCGCGCGCGCCCCGGAGGGGGGGGAAGGCCGUCCUCCUUCCCCCUCCUCCGCGCCCGCCCGGCCGACCCCGCGACCCCCGCUCCCCCGGCCCCCACCACGGCCUCUCUCGGCGAGGAAACUCUGGCCUCCGCUUCCUCCUCCGACUCGGACGCCGGCGGAGCCUCCCCGCCCCCGCGGAAGAAGCCCCGAGCCUCGGCGGCGGAGGGAGCAGGAGAGCCCGGGGCCUCGUCGGGCCGCGCAGGCCGCUCCCCCCCGCCCGCGUCGCCCGCGUCCUCGCCGGCCGCCUCCUCCUCCGUGGUGCUGGUGGUGGGGCUCCCCGCGGCCGCCCCCGCCGGCCCCCGAGGCAGCGGCCCCAGCCCGGCCAGCGGCGGCGCCAUGCAGGCCAACGGGGCGGGAGGAGGCGGCGGGGGCGGCGGGGGCGCGGGCGCGACCCCGGAGCUCGCCUGCCUGGCGGCGCAGAACGGGGAGGCGUCCCCGGCGGCCGCGGGGGACCUGGCGCACGCCAACGGGCUGCUACCCGCAGCCCCCGCCGCCGCCGGCAACAAUGGCACCGGCCCGAGUGUCAACAACGGGGUCCCCGGCGGGGCCGCCGCCUCCCUGGCCGCCCCCGAGCUGGGCAGCAGCCUCAAGAAGAAGAAGCGGCUCUCGCAGUCGGACGAGGAUGUCAUCAGGCUGAUCGGACAGCACCUGAAUGGCCUCGGGCUCAACCAAACUGUUGACCUCCUCAUGCAAGAGUCAGGAUGUCGUUUAGAACAUCCUUCUGCUACCAAAUUCCGAAAUCAUGUCAUGGAAGGAGACUGGGAUAAGGCAGAAAAUGACCUGAAUGAACUAAAGCCUUUAGUGCAUUCUCCUCAUGCUAUUGUGGUAAGAGGCGCACUUGAAAUCUCUCAAACGUUGUUGGGAAUAAUUGUGAGGAUGAAGUUCUUGCUGCUGCAGCAGAAGUACCUGGAAUACCUGGAGGAUGGCAAGGUCCUGGAGGCACUUCAAGUUCUACGCUGUGAAUUGACGCCACUGAAAUACAACACAGAGCGCAUUCAUGUUCUUAGUGGGUAUCUGAUGUGUAGCCAUGCAGAGGAUCUCCGAGCAAAAGCAGAAUGGGAAGGCAAAGGAACUGCUUCCCGAUCAAAGUUAUUGGACAAACUUCAGACCUAUUUACCACCAUCAGUGAUGCUUCCCCCACGGCGUUUACAGACUCUCCUGCGGCAGGCGGUGGAACUGCAAAGGGAUCGGUGCCUAUAUCACAAUACCAAACUUGAUAAUAAUCUAGAUUCUGUGUCUCUACUGAUAGAUCAUGUUUGUAGUAGGAAGCAGUUUCCCUGUUAUACUCAGCAGAUACUUACGGAGCAUUGUAAUGAAGUGUGGUUCUGUAAAUUCUCUAAUGAUGGCACUAAACUAGCAACAGGAUCAAAAGAUACUACAGUUAUCAUAUGGCAAGUUGAUCCGGAUACACACCUGCUAAAACUCCUUAAAACAUUAGAAGGACAUGCUUAUGGUGUUUCUUACAUUGCAUGGAGUCCAGAUGACAACUAUCUUGUUGCUUGUGGACCGGAUGACUGCUCUGAGCUUUGGCUUUGGAAUGUACAAACGGGAGAAUUAAGGACAAAAAUGAGCCAGUCUCAUGAAGACAGUCUGACAAGUGUGGCGUGGAACCCAGACGGGAAGCGCUUUGUGACUGGAGGCCAGCGUGGACAGUUUUACCAGUGUGAUCUGGAUGGAAACCUCCUGGACUCCUGGGAAGGAGUGAGAGUGCAAUGCCUUUGGUGUUUGAGUGACGGGAAGACGGUCCUGGCAUCAGAUACACACCAGCGAAUUCGGGGAUAUAACUUUGAGGACCUUACAGAUAGGAACAUAGUACAAGAAGAUCAUCCUAUUAUGUCUUUUACUAUUUCAAAAAAUGGCCGAUUAGCUUUGUUAAAUGUAGCAACUCAGGGAGUUCAUUUAUGGGACUUGCAAGACAGAGUCUUAGUAAGAAAGUAUCAAGGUGUUACGCAAGGGUUUUAUACAAUUCAUUCAUGUUUUGGAGGCCAUAAUGAAGACUUCAUCGCUAGUGGCAGUGAAGAUCACAAGGUUUACAUCUGGCACAAACGUAGUGAACUGCCGAUUGCGGAGCUGACAGGGCACACGCGUACAGUAAACUGUGUGAGCUGGAACCCACAGAUCCCAUCCAUGAUGGCCAGCGCCUCAGACGAUGGCACUGUUAGAAUAUGGGGACCAGCCCCUUUUGUAGACCACCAGAAUAUUGAAGAGGAAUGCAGUAGCAUGGAUAGUUGAUGGCGAAUUUGAAGCAGACGACUUCUGUUUAACUUAAAAUUAGUCGUAUUUUAAUGGCUUGGGAUUUGGUGCAAACAAACAUGAUUGAUAGCUGGACAGACAUGCUCGUCAUGAAAAAAGAACCAUUUCUGAAGCCCGAUUGGGGCCAAACAUUUACACCUUGCUUCAUAGUAACCAGUUGAGAUGAAGCACGUCGUUAGAACGUUGUUGGACACCAUGUUGAAUUAUCCCCCCAUCGGUUGUGAAGAACUGUGCUACAUUCAGGCUUACCCAUUGAACUCAGUAUAUAUAUAUUUUUUCCCUCCUGCCUUUUGUCUGGCGGGCUACCAUUCUUGUUGCUCUUCUGUGUAAUGAAGUUUAAAUGCUUGUUUGGAAAACUUUAUUUAACAGUUUAGAAGGCCUGAUAGAAAGAGUGCAUUAGUCUGAAGAGUAUACAUUGGAUAGGAAAGAAUUUCCUUCGUUUGUUUCUCCAAAUCUUUCCGCCUUACUUAGCUUGAGAUCUUUGCAGCUUGGUUCAUGGAUUCUAGCCUUGCCCGUUGCGCAGUAUAUACUGAUCCAGAUGAUAAACCAGUGAACUAUGUCAAAAGCACUCAAUUACAUUUGACAAAAAGUUUUGUACUUUUCACAUCGCUUGUUGCCCUUAAAAGGGUUAACAGCACAAUUUUUUAAAAAUAAAUUAAGAAGUAUUUAUAGGAUUAAAGUGACUUCAUUUGUAUACAUUUGGAAUCUAAACCAGCUUAAAAAGAGUUUCCUCUAUGGCUUAGAUACGGAGUAAGGCUGAUGCUCUUCUGGAAUGCAUGAGACCGGUCAGAACAGAGCUUGGAAGGACAUUACACAGGAAACACAGAGUAAGACGUUGAAGGCCCCCAACCCUUUUUGUUUUAUCCUGAAGUAACAUCAAUACGAUGUUGAAGAAAUUCAAGGUUCAAAAUGAGAGUUUGAAUAUACCAACAGGAGAGAUGAGGCAUCAGUCUAGGUUUUCAACAAAGCUUGUUCCAAGUUGUUUUUGACUUGGCAAGAGAGUAGAGAUCAGCAGAUUGGACCACUUUGGAAGUUUAUAGUAGAGUCAAGACUUAGAAGAAUUCAGCAGGUUACAAACAUACUUAAAUGGGGGUUAAAACCUCAUUCAUUUCUCCUAAUGCCCUUAAUAUCUGACAUAUAGGAUAUAAACAUUUGAAGAAGGUUCCUACUCAGCUUUUCAGAUGUUGCCAUACUGAACCUCAUUCAAACUGGUGCUGUGGACAGUCUUUCCCCUCUCCCUCACCUUUUAGUUUAAGGAAAGGUUUCCUUCAUGGAAAAAGGACUUAAUUUUGAGAAUUUCGUAUUUAAAACAAGCUAAAAGCCUUGUGUUCCCAUAAUAACAGCUGAGUACUACAUAUUUGGUCUCCCUGGACAGUCCCUGCUUUUCAGUAGAGGAAAAUCGGGUGAUGACGGCUGUUCUUUGGAAAGAAGAGCAGGGAAAAACCCAAGUAAGAGUCUGAUGAAGAAAAAAUUGUACCAUGUUCCCUUUAGGCCUCCUAUUACCAUGACUAUCCCCCUUCAGGACCUACAAACAAGGGAAAGUCAUAGAUUUAGGAAUUCUUCCAUUGAUGGGGUGGCAGGGAAUGGGUGGCAGCAGGGAGAAAAGGGGGGAAAUCCAGGGAAAGGGAGAAGAAAGACAAACACAUUUGGCCUUAAAAUAGUGUGCAUUCUCCCAAAAGCCCAUAGUAAGAGAAUAUGACAGUUCGUGGUCAGGUUAUUUUAUCAAAUUGGUGUGUAGAAGAGUUCUUCAAUCUCCAUUUUGCAGAGACCACCACUUUAGAGAAUCAGAAUUCCUGUUUUGAUACUCUUAAGUUAACUAUAUGUUACCGUUUAUCUGGUACUUCAUUUUUUCUUGACUAAAAUUACUUUUUACUUUAAGCUUGAAUAAAAAUCUUCAUUGGUAACUGUAUAUAAUUAAGUGGCAACUUCUCUUUACCUCAGUACAGUUAAAACCAUUUAUAUUUUAAAUGAUUUAUGUAAACCCUGAAGCCAUUAACACACCCCAUUCUGUACAGUAACAUCACUAACAAAAUGUGGGCUUUGAAAUGCCACAGCCCUUUACAAAUGUGGUUACAGUGUGCUAGAGUACACAUGUAACAUUUGCUGAGAUCUGCGCUCACACAGAGGAGAUUGUACUACUGCAGCCAGCUACCCUUAGAUCUGAGUUUUCAGAGUGCUCCUGAAGUACAGGUAAAAACACUUUAAAAAGUGAGUAAAAGUGAGGCACCUUUUCGAGGACAUAGCACCUAUUAAAAUGGGGUACCAACUAUGCAAAGGUUUCUGUAGCAGCUAGGUGAGUCUGUUCUGGGGUCUCUCUUAACUGACAGCUUCCUGUAAACUGGUACUUUACUGUGCCAAUUUGCUGUAAACAUCUUCCAUACAUUUGCCAAGUACUGAAUGUGUUGGAAAGGCAAAAAAAAAAAGAUGGAGAAACCUAGAAUUUUAUGGUAUAAGAACCUGGUGGCCAGAUUUUCUAAUUCAUAGCUAUUUUCUGAAAACUGAAUAAUGCUAUAGAUUGUAUGGUAGGCUUAAGAGUGAGAAUUCUGCCAAAACAGCCACAAGAUACUAACAAGUAUAUAAAUUGAAAAGUACCAAUACUUUUUGCACAUAGAUCAAAAUAGAGUGGAGAAUUUUUGGCUCCAAAAAUCAGGUUAGUAGGCUCAUUUCCAUGUGCUUAAAAAUGUUUUUGUUGAUGUUAUGCAUUGAUUAAGGGCUAGAGCAAGAAUGAAAUUAAAUGUCUUUUUCCUCUUAAGUAACUGAUUAUUAAUGGUAAAGUGUUGGAUUUGGGAUUGCUAAGGUUGGUGCGUGGGCAGUAAUAAUUUAGUGGGAGUUAGUUGGGAGAGGUAACAAUGCUUGGUUGUCAGUUUUUGUAUUAGUAUUCAUGCCACUUACAUUUUGUUGCUCUUGUUAGCCAGAUAAAUGUGUUAUACUAAUCCAGGUAAGUAGUUUAAAUGGAAGAAAUUCUAUUUGCAAAUGUCCACAAACCAGCCCACUUUAAUGGGUGGGAGUACAAAAAGGGAUUCUCUAAUGUUCAGUAAUUUAAAAAACCUGCUAGUUGAAAGGGAAAAAAAUUUUUGUCAAUAUUUUCUUACUCUGAAAAAAACACAAGUAGUAAUUCAUUGAGUUUUAAUAUUAGGAGUGUUCUGCCUCUAGAGUGGCAUUCUGUGACAUUAAUAGAAAAUCCUUCUUUCCCACCCCUCCCCAUCUUGAAAUUUUCUUUUUUAGGAUGUUGGUUCCUGCAAACAAGAACUGACCCUAUCACCUCUGCCUCACAGUGGGUAAAUAUCUCGCACAUCUCUUGAAAGGGAGCAGGUCCUUGUCAGUUUUUCACAGCAGAAGAAUGGCUGCUUUUGAAUGGGGAGGAAAGAAGACAUUUGUCUUAAUAUCCUUUUUGUCCCAUCUCUAAAAUGUAUAAAUAUUAUUUAAUUUAAUUUCUUAUUUAGACUUUAGCAGUUCCUCCUUUUGGAUUGCUGCCAAAACAUUUUUAUUUCCAUUUCAGAAACCAUAUGUGAUUCAACAUAAAUUGCUAACUUGAAAAGAAGUGAAUUUGCAUUUAUACUAGACACUUUCUAAAAACAGGGUUAACUUAAUUGAAAUUUUUCAGUGCCGUUCAGCUAUUGUUAGAGUAGCUGCCCUCUAUUUGCAAAAAUGAAAAGUGUAAAAACCUAUCCCCUAUCUACUUAAUCCAGAUAACCUGGAUUUAAUGAAGCUAAUAGUAUAAAAGUGUGUGUGUUGUGUGUAUGUGUGUUGUGUGCAUGUGUGGGAGAGAGAGCACUUGAUUCAUAAAAAGUCCUGGAAAUGGCUUUUCUAGGUUCUUGUCAAUUUUACUAGAAGUCUUGUGCAUAUGUGCAUUGCCCUUUGAGUUUAAGGCUUGGUUAAUACUCAUAUAUUUUUAUAAGAUUGAAAUUGUGUCCUCAUCUAUAAGCAUUUUCAUUAUCAGGGUCAGUAUGCUAAAACUGAAUUACAACAUUUUUAGGCACAGAUGGAAAUGUUACUUGGCUCCUUGAAAAUGUGUGUGCGUGGCUAGGGCAAUACAGACCCACACAAGCAUGCAUGUGCUUACAAACCAAGCUGUAGAGAUCAAGAAAAGAGCUUCAGUGUUGAUCUCUCAAGAUUUCUAAAUUGUCAGGAUUUACAUGGCAUUGUGGUGGAACUAGUUAACACUUAGAGCUUUUGGUAUGUAAUAACUAUUUGCUAUGGACUGAUGAAAUAUUUCAGAGGAUUGUGUUCUUAAAUUUGGGUUUUGUUUUUUUUAACUGCCUCUCAGAUUAUAUUUAGUAUUUCUUUGCUUUAUUAUUCCUUGAAAGUAUAAAAACUUCAGGUCUCAUAUUUAUUUUCACUUAUCCUACUAAUUAUUUACCAGACACCUUUUUGUUGACUUUUAUUUUAUAAUUGUGUGGUAUUUUAAAUGUCUUUAAAGUUUUUGUUUGAUUGAAACUACAUUAACUUUGAUUUGGUUUAUUGAGAUUUCUUUUUUAAUACAUCCUUUCCAUGUCAGUGCACAGCACUUCCCAGUCGUUUGUAUUCCCUUUCAAUCCAAUAAACAGAAUGAAUAACUAA